AUGCUGGCGCCGCUGUGCAUUCAUGGAAGCAUGGGCAAAGAAGGUGCUUCCCACUCUGCCACAUGCCCCUCCAUCCCUUUCAAGACCUCCCCUUGCUUCUUUGCAAGCCCUCUCCACACCAGGCACUCGCUGGCGCCUCUCUGCUUUCAUGCACGCAUGGAUGAAGCAGGCACUCGCUGGCGCCUCUCUGCUUUCAUGGAAGCAUGGGCGAACAAGGUCCCACCCGCCAUGGCCCAAUCACUCGACGCCACGUGGCUGAGAGGCCUGGCAAUCCUUCAGCACGUGGGGGGACCAGCGGCAGCAGCAGCAGCGGCGGCGGCAGCAGCAGCGUCAGUAGCUGGGAAAUCGGAGGAGGAGCAGGAGUGUGAGCCGUUGGGAGGGGCGCAGAGCACGUGGCUGCGCUUCCUGCCGAGUGACCAGCUGCCAGCCACGGCAGAGCACCGCUUCCAGGCGCUGUUCAACGUGCAGCCCAUGUGGGCUUUAGGGGAUCUUGAGCCCUAUCUUGUGUGGGACAGGUGGGAAGGAGGGGCACAGAGCACAUGGCUGCGCUUCCUGCCCAGCGACCAGCUGCCAGCCACGGCAGAGCACUGCUUCCAGGCGCUGUUCAACGUGCAGCCCAUGUGGGCACUGGGGGAUCUGGAGCCUUAUCUCGUGUACGUACCUCAUGCAUGUGGGGUAUGCAUGGUGGAAGGCAACAGAGGUAGUCAAGCCACGGCAGAGCAUCGCUUCCAGGCGCUGUUCAGUGUGCAACCCAUGUAG